AUGGCGAGAAAACCAUACUUUGGAUUGAAGGGAGCAUGGCUCACCUUCUGGGUCACGGUUGCAUGUGCGACCGACAUGACGCUUUUUGGAUACGAUCAGGGUGUUUUUGGAGGCGUUAUAGUUACGCCUGACUUCCUCGACCUACUGGGCAUCGCGGACAAUGCGACGAUGCAAAGUACUGUCACUGCCAUUUACGAUAUCGGCUGUUUCCUCGGCGCCAUUUCGACCAUCUGGGUUGGCGAGAGACUCGGACGCAAGAAGACCAUCUUGGUUGGCACCACCAUCAUGAGCAUCGGGGCCAUCUUGCAGGUGGCUGCCUUUGGCGUGCCGCAGAUGAUCGUCGGGCGCAUCGUCGCGGGCAUCGGCAACGGCAUGAACACUUCGACCGCACCGGUCUGGCAGGGCGAAACAUCCAAAGCAAGUUGGCGCGGAAAACUCAUCGUGAUUGAGAUGAUUAUGAACAUUUUCGGGUUUAUGCUAAGCAAUUGGGUUACAUUUGGGCUAUCGUUUGCUUCAGGCUCUAUUGCCUGGCGCUUACCGUUGGCGAUCCAGUUCAUCUUUAUCUUUAUCUUGUACGGCACCGUUCCUUGGCUCCCAGAAAGCCCCAGAUGGCUUAUCGCGAAAGGACGGAUUGAGGAAGCCGAAGUCAUCUUAGCGGAUCUCGAGGCCUUGGAGGCUGAUGAACCAUACAUCGUCACACAGUCUAAAGAUAUACAAUGGGCAGUGAAUUAUGAGAAAGAAAACACUAUUCCCUGGUCAAAAUUGCUUCGAGGCAAGACUGGUCCGCAUGGCGGUACUAGUACAAUACGACGAUUGAUACUCGGCAUGGGCGCCCAAGCUAUGCAGCAAUUCUCCGGCAUCAAUGUCACAUCAUAUUACCUUCCGCUUGUACUCAUACAAUCUGUUGGUUUGGAUGAGAAAUUAGCACGCUUGCUCGCAGCGUGCAAUUCCGUAUCAUAUCUCCUGUUUAGCACGAUCGGUAUACCGAACGUGGAGAGAUGGGGCAGAAGAAAGAUGAUGAUGUAUGCGGCGGCGGGACAAUUUUUCUGUUACAUGAUCAUCACCAUCUGCAUCCGCUACAGCGAGGAUCCAGGGAUCGGAAGCACGGCCAAUGUCCAAUGGGCCAAGGCGUCCAUCGCGUUCUUCUUUCUCUACUAUGUGUUCUUCGGAAUCGGCUGGCAAGGAGUCCCAUGGCUCUACCCGACCGAAAUCAACAGUCUCAGCAUGCGUACCAAGGGCGCGGCGCUGGGGACGGCGACGAACUGGAUCAUCAACUUCAUGGUGGUGGAGAUCACACCCAUUGGAAUCGCGUCCAUCGGCUGGCGGUUCUACAUCAUCUGGACCGUCUUCAACUUUUCCUUCAUCCCCAUCGUCUACCUGUUCUACCCGGAGACGGCCGACCGCUCCCUCGAGGACGUCGACCGCUUCUUCCAGCACAACCAGGACAUCCUAAUAUUCAGAGACCCGGACGCCAAGUCGUCCAAGCGCCCACAGCGGUACGUCGACCAGGAGAAGGAGCAGGUCCGGCGGAAUAGCUCCAUUCGCCCUGCUGAUGUGCAGGGUGCCCUGCAUAGAAGGAGCGCCGCGGAGCGGGCUAAUACCAACGUGGACGAUGAAGAGAAGGGAUAUGUCAACCAUUCCGAAUAA